AUGCCUCGGGGACGAAAGAGCAGGCGCCGCCGCAACGCCAAGGCCGCAGAAGAGAACCGCAACAACCGUAAGAUCCAGGCCUCGGAGGCCUCAGAGACCCCGAUGGCCGCCUCCGUGGUCCCGAGCACCCCCGAGGAUGACCUGAGCGGCCCCGAAGAAGACCCCAGCACCCCGGCGGAGGCCUCCACCACCCCCCAGGAGGCCUCCAGCACGGCUCAAGCGCAAAAGCCCACGGUCGCCCGGAGCAAUUUUCAAGGCACCAAGAAGAGUCUCCUGAUGUCCAUCUUGGCCCUCAUCUUCAUCAUGGGCAACAGCGCCAAGGAGGCGCUGGUCUGGAAAGUGCUGGGCAAGUUGGGGAUGCAGCCGGGCCGGCAGCACAGCAUCUUCGGCGAUCCGAAGAAGGUCGUCACGGAAGAGUUUGUGCGCCGAGGGUACCUGAUUUACAAGCCGGUGCCACGCAGCUGCCCCGUCGAAUACCAGUUCUUCUGGGGACCUCGAGCCCACGUGGAAUCCAGCAAGCUGAAAGUGAUGCAUUUUGUGGCAAGGGUGCGUAACCGCUGCUCCAAGGACUGGCCGUGUAAUUACGAUUGGGAUUCGGAUGAUGAUGCCGAAGUUGAGGCUAUCCUCAAUUCAGGGGUAGCAGAUUACUUCGCUCCUUAG